ACAACCACCGCAGCCACCACUUCAACGUCGUCGCGCUUCAACGCAUAUGCUCAUUGAAACUCUCGCCGUGACACCUCCUCUCCAUUCCGUACCUUUCCCAACGGGUUCUGUUCGCUCGGCUUCUCCAGCGCCUGAAGACGCCCUAAGACCUUCCUCACGCUCCUCUCGUCUAGAUCUGAACAAUGGCCGUUCUCGUAACUAUUCAGACGCUAGCUUUGGUUCAAAGGCUCUACUCAACAAUACCGAUAAUGAAGAGGAGUCUAAUCCAUUCGCUGUCAGACCUCCAUCUCCGGAUCGUGCGUCUCGAUUUGAUCCCAAAGCCCGUGGUCGCACCAUGUCCAACGCCACAAUGGGCACUAUGGCAUCCAAGAAUAUGCUUGCUGAAGAAAACGCUUUUGCUGUAAGGCCGCCAUCUCCAUCUCGUUCUUCCCGUUUCGACCCCAAAGCUCGCGGUCGUACCAUGUCUAUUGCAUCCAUGGGUACCCGAAUGAUGCUUGAAAAUGAUUAUGAUGGGGAAGAAUCUUUCAGGCAACAGGGAGGUCGGGAUCGUCCCUAUUCUACAUUGGAACUCUUAAGGCCCAAAGUCCUCGUCAUGCCUAGUCCAUUGCAAGCUGUAAGCGUGGCAGCACCUAAGCCCCCAUCUCCUCAGACGAGAGAGGGAUUCCUCGUGUCAUCCGAGGGACGGCCAAUGCCUCCUGGGGCUCGCACUAUGCGCCGUGCUUCAAUGACGCUAUCGGCAUAUGAGCCGCCUUCCGCUCCUAUCGCUUCAAAUUCUUUCACGCCCAACCCCCGUUCCAGUCUUUCUUUAUCUCAGUUGGCAUUCAGAAAUACUCUUGUCGUCGGUGGUCAGAGGGAUAUCGCAUACACUGACAUCGACAAUGCUCUUCCUCGCGCUACAGAAGAAGGCGAACAAGCUCAGUUUUUCGAGCCUCCCCCGAUUGUUAUAGAGAAGGCAGAAUCACUUGCUCCUGCAUCUAUGCUACUACCACCAGCACCCCCUCCUACAGAGGCAGAAUUGUUAGCGCGCCCUGCGGGUAAAUUGUACGGAAGGAGCUUAAUCGAUAACCUUGAAGCACGCAAGGCGAACAUGAGACAGAAGCAACGUGUUUUUACUGGCGAUGAUAGGCCAUCUAUGAUGGCUCGGGGACAAAUUCGGCGCUCAAGCACUUUAAUUGACCCAGCCUCACUUCAGAGGCCAGUCUCAACGAAUCUGGAAGCAAACUUAGCAAGGCGUAAUUCUGCUAACGCUAAGCCCCUUCUUGAGUUCAAUGACAAGGAAGGGAGACCUACCACGUUAUUAGGCAUGCCAGGAGAUCCAAAAAUGUCAAAGAGUCGUUCCGUAUUCGGAGUUGACACAGUAUGGGAGCAAGAGAUGGUCAGACUUCGAGAGAUCGAGAAACAAGAGAAACUUGAUGAGGAAGCUCGACGCAAACGGGAGUAUGAAGAGGCUGAAAAAAGCAAAAAACGCAAAGGGAAAUCCAAGGGUAAAAAGAAGGCACCAGAGCCCGAACCGAGUCCCGAGCCUGAGCAAGAAGCCGAACCUGACACGGUGGAAGCAAGAGUUAGCGCUGAUCCUCCCACCUUGCCCGCUAUACAGAAACCCGUUUUGAGGAGAGCACCACUCCCUGUCGGUGAUUACGACGACGACGAGAGCGAGAGCGAUGUCAGUGAUGCCGCUGAAGCUGGUCGAAAUACGGGUGGCCGCAGCCGUUCUGAGACCGCUGCCGAUCGUUGGGUAGCUGAGUCUUCGGACGAGGACGAUAAUAAACCCCGUCGCACACCGGGAGUAGGGCUUAGAUUCCCAAACUCCCAAGCCCCCAUGGCCGGAGUAGGCUCUCACAAUAAUGACGAAGAUAGCGAAGAAGAUCUUCCUUUGGCCGCAGCAGUGGAGCGGGUAGCUAAGAGAGCUACGAUGCUUCCUCUCCACAGACAACCUUCGGAUGAUGAAGACGAAGAUAAGCCACUCUCGAUGGUCCUCAGCAAAGCGAAACUGAACAUCAACUUCGAUGCCGAGGACGAAGAUGACAAACCUCUCGGCCUACGUGCAUCUCGGGUACCAUUCGAGUCGCAGACGUCGCUUCCUCUUGCUGGUGACGAUGACGACGACAAACCUCUGGCCUUCCACCCCGAACACCAACGACGGACUCAGUAUCAGAUGCUAGCUCAAGCCCAGCAACAACAAAUGAUGUUACAAGCUCAAUUCACAAACAGCAUGUUUUUCGGUAAUCCGGCUAUGAUGGGCUCUGGAUUCUUCGCACCACCCAUGGCACCUCCCCCCAUGAUGAUGGCACCACCUGCUCCAAUGCCUUCACCACCCCCUGAGAACGCGAAGUUCGGUCUUGUAGACCGAUGGCGGCGUGAUGUUGCGGUGGAGGGAACAGAAACAGGUUAAAUUGGGUAUUAGAUCUUUUUAUACAUUUCUUGUGGAAUAUCCUUCUAGUCGGACACUCCUGGACACUGGUCUUAACAAUAGUCAUUCCUUUUAAUGUCCUUUGCAUACAGAAAUACAUCGGUACAAUCGAGAUGAAAUGUCCAGAUAGAUCUACUCGAAAAAAAUACCGUGAAAAAUUGCAGAAUGAAUCCGUGGAUGCUGUUAUCAAAAUUAAAGAGAGUGAAAAAUAUGGUAGGGAAAAGGUAAACGAGUACAGGAUGACUGUGCGGAUAACAAACAGACGAGCACAACACAAAAGACGACGAUCAUGAUGGGUUGGUAAUCCACAACCUGCGCUUUGGUACUGUGACGAUAGAAACUUCUCGCCUGCCCAUCUCCUCUUCAAUCCUUCGCUGCCUCGUAUCCUCAUCUUCAUCGUCAUCAUCGUCAUCAGUUUCCACACUGCGAGGCCCUCCUUGGGAUGUAGAUAGGUCAUCGUGCCCGGCUUGGCGGUAGGGAGGUUGGUGAAGAUAGGGACCUCGGUUCUCAGUAGGGAAAGGAUACUGGUCGGUACCGGUCAUCGAUAGGGGACGGGAGGUAGGUGUUCCUGGCGAGGCUGUGGGCUGGGGUGGCUCAGCGCGAAGCCGAGCAAUAAUUGACGUAAGAGCAGAUUUUCUUGGCCGGCCAUGCCAUGCGAGUGCAAAUAAUAUGCAGUAAAACAGCAGUGUCCAGAUAAGGAACACAGCAAAAAGAGCUUUCGGUGCGCGGUACCACAGGGCUAUGAGCGAUAAUAUGCAUAAUGCCAGCAUGAGGGCGUGGAAUAGUAUGCGCAGACAUAGGUCAAAUGUCGAGGGCAUUUCAUAUCUU